AUGGAGCCACCUCAUGACUCCAAAAGAGAAGCCAGUAUCUUGAAGCUUGCAGCUUCCGACCGUGUCUUGCCACUCCUAGAGACUUUCCGCGAGGAUGGCAGUCGAUUUGUCCUCGUUUUUCCUUUCGUACGCUACGAUUUCAGUGAUCUGCUGCACGACAAGAAAUUGUCAAAAAAGCAGAUUCAGAUCUGCCUCAAAGACCUCUUCUCGGCCCUGACAUUUAUACACAGCCGAGGAGUGAUCCACCGCGACAUCAAGCCGUCUAACAUUCUUCUCAAGUCUCUCGACGGUCCAGCCUAUUUAUCAGACUUCGGCAUCGCGUGGGCACCUGAGACCUCUGGUAUGGAAGCAGCAGCCUCGAAGAUCACAGACGUUGGUACCACCUGCUACAGACCACCAGAACUCAUGUUUGGAAACAAGCAUUACGGCUGCAGCCUAGAUCUGUGGGCAGCCGGUUGCACAGUCGCCGAAGCCUUAGAUCCGAACCACGAAACGCUAUUCGAUUCCGGGGAGCUGGGGAGUGACUUGGCACUGAUACAGAGCGUGUUCAAGAAGCUUGGGACUCCAAAUUUGGACGUAUGGCCGGAGGCGGAAAACUUUCCAGACUGGGGUAAAGUGCAGUUCCACGAGUAUCCUGCGCAGAAUUGGUCUGCAUUGCUACCGACCCUAUCAGAAUCAGAGCAAGACAUCGUGAGCCAACUAGUUAGAUACGAGAGCGGGGCCAGAUUGACUGCAUCGAAGCAGAAGAGUAAUCUUGAGCUCACGCGUUCUAUCAAAGAACUUACGCAGCGUCUUGCUCAAGAGGACAAGGCCAAUCCCAAGCUGGAAGAGGGACUUGCUCUGGACCUUCAGCAGAUGAAAUUCAGGCUUCAGGGUACACCUGACACAGAAGUCAAUCCUGAAGCCGUGUUCCAGCUCCUCACGAGCAUCCUCAACGAAGACUUACUCUACGUCCUAGCGCUGAAUAUCCACAAGCUACCGUUCGAAUCGCGAAAGGACGCUCAAGUCAUAUUCUCGACCGCGUUUCGCUACAAGCCCGACGGGGCAUCAGAUCCACAAGUGCUACAGCACGUGGUACAAUAUCGACCAGACAUCAUAAUAGCAUUAUGUCGAGGCUACGAUAGGCGGGAGAGUGCCAUGCCGUGUGGAGGGAUCCUUCGAGAGGCGCUCAAGUACGAUGCGAUCGCUGCGCUGCUCCUAUACGACGAACCGAUGGAGGAUGGGAAGUCAGUCGAUCUUGGGAGCGUCAAUCCUGACAUGGCAUCAUCUGGGAAUGGUGUGUUUUGGAAAUUCUUCGGUUGGAUAGACAAGGGCGCGUUCGAAGUCAGCGCGGACGCCUUUAACACAUUCAGGCAUAAGCCCUUGGUGGCCACAUUUUUACAAACGAAUUUCGAUACAUUCUUCACAAAAUACAACUCGAUGCUGAUACAGUCGGAAAGUUAUGUCACAAAGCGGCAAUCCAUCAAACUCCUCGGCGAAAUCCUCCUCGAUCGUGCAAAUUACAAUGUUAUGACACAAUACGUGGACUCGGGCGAGAACCUCAAGAUCAUCAUGAAACUGUUACGGGAUGACAGGAAGAUGAUCAAUUAUGAGGGGUUUCAUGUCUUCAAAGUAUUUGUCGCAAAUCCAAACAAAUCCAUGGCGGUGCAAAAGAUCCUCAUUAGCAACCGCGAGAAGCUUCUACGCUUCCUCCCCUCAUUCCUCGAAGACCGCACAGAAGACGAACAGUUCAUCGACGAGAAGAGCUUUCUCAUCCGGCAAAUUGAGCAAUUGGGGCCAGCCCCCUUCGUUCCACCUCCUGCAGCAUGA